UGCAUGUGUAGGGCGUGGUUCAAUCUUUCCCUCGCUCGCCCGGAGUCGCAGAGGGAUGCUCUACGACUAGUCGCUCCUCCUCACCGCCUUGUGAUCCCGACCCUCAUCCCUCUCUGCGCCGGCCGCUGAUCCUCUUCAUCCACUUCGAGACUUCCCAACAUGGACCAAGCACCAGCAAAAGAAAUCGUGGUGGACAAGAAGCGGAAAUGCGAAGGCGGCGACUGCGAGAACGAUGCGGGUAGCCUGCAGUGCCCCAACUGUCAAAAGCUCGGAAAGGAGUCAUAUUUCUGCAGUCAAGACUGCUUCAAGAGAAACUGGAGUACGCACAAGCAGGCCCAUAAAGCAGCCAACAGUAUGCUCUCCUCCAUCUUUCCGCCGAAAGUCGUCUCUGAACCCGAUGCAGAUGGACACUUCAACCCCUUCCCCGCCUUUCCCUUUACCGGAUCUUUGCGCCCAGUAUACCCUCUGAGUCCGAGACGCGCGGUUCCCGAGAGCAUACAGCUGCCAGACUACUCCAAGGCCGGCAUCCCAAUCAGCGAACAGAAAUUCGGCGUACGGAACAAGAUCAAGAUCCUCACCAAGGAAGAGCAAGAGGGGAUGCGGAAAGUAUGCCGAUUAGCAAGAGAGGUGCUGGAUAUCGCCGCGAGAGAAAUGAAGCCGGGUGUCACGACCGACCACAUUGACAAGGUGGUGCACGAAGCGUGCCUGGCGAGAAAUUCCUACCCCUCCCCUCUAAACUACUGCCAUUUCCCCAAAUCCGUCUGCACAAGCGUCAACGAAGUCAUUUGCCAUGGCAUUCCCGAUCAUCGACCCCUGGAAGACGGCGACAUUCUGAACAUCGACGUCACCCUGUACCACAACGGCUUCCACGGCGAUCUAAACGAAUCAUACUACGUCGGUCCUGCAUCUGCGCAGAAUUCCGACAAUGUCCGCGUCGUAGAAGCCGCACGUAACUGUCUCGACGAAGCGAUCAAACUCGUCAAGCCCGGCGCGCUCUUCCGCUCGUAUGGCGACACGAUCGAAAAGGUGGCCAAAACAUAUGACUGUAGCGUCGUCAAGACUUACUGCGGGCACGGGAUCAACCAGCUCUUCCAUUGCGCGCCAAACGUUCCGCAUUACGCAAAGAACAAGGCGGUGGGCGAGGCGAAGCCGGGCAUGUGUUUCACCAUCGAGCCCAUGAUCACGCUGGGCACUCACAGGGACAAGACGUGGCCGGACGACUGGACCAGUGUGACGGCUGACGGUAAGAGGACUGCGCAGUUUGAGCAUACAUUGCUGGUGACGGAGACGGGAGUGGAGGUGUUGACGGCGAGGUUAGCGGAUAGUCCGGGAGGACCGGUGGAGCUGCCCAAGACAAAUGGAGUCACGAAUGGAGUCACGAAUGGGGAGACGAAGGUGGGAGCAUAGUAAAGAGCGACAGUUCUUGUAUAGCCAUCUUUCCAAGUCAAUCAUCAAGCCUUGUGCCUCUCACGUGUCACAAGUUAAGCCCCGCGCUUGUGUGGGG